CUCUUCCUCGCCUUUCCCGUUAUCGCGCUGGCAGGACCGCCUGGACACAAACCUCCUGUUCUUCAUUUUUCUCUUCUCUUGUUUGGCCAUAGAUAAGGGUCAGCGCGCGCUAUUCCUAGCUGCUCACUCAGUACCCUUAACAGCUUGCGCUCCACCUGUCCGCUAUGUUGGUGUCGUUGACUGUCGGGAAAGUCGACGCUGGAGUCGCCGUUCUCUUGACUCAGGACAACAGAUUGAUCGAAUUCCCCUCAGUUCUUCUGCCUAACAACAUCACAUCUGGUAGCAUUGUCGAUAUUACCGUCGCGCGCAAUCACGCCGCCGAAACUGCCAGCGCAACCGCCUUUCAGACUUUGCAAAAACGCAUCCUUAACACCUAUGGUAUCAAGACGCCCACCCCGCCGAUCCUCCGCCUCCGCAACGCAACCCAGACCUCCCUUGUCCUCGAAUGGGACCCCAUCGACCUAGCCACCGCGUCGCUGAAAUCCCUUUCCCUCUAUCGCAAUGGCUCUAAGGCCGGCUCUAUCCCCCGGCCGCUCGAGACACGUAGCACCAAGAUCAGCGGCCUGGCCAUCCACACAGAGUAUACCUUCCACCUGGUCCUGCGCACCACCGCGGGCACCUAUCAGUCCGAGAAACUUGUCUGCCGCACGCACAAGAUGACCGACUUGUCCGGCAUCACGGUCACGGCCGGGGUGCUGCACCCGCAGCAGAAGGAUGCGCUCGCGGCCGCGCUGGAUCGCAUCGGCGGAAAACUGAUCGAUACCGUACGCAUCGACACCACGCAUUUCGUCUGCACAGAGGGCCGCGGUCCCCUCUGGGAGAAGGCGGUUGAAAUGAACAUCCCCGUGGUCGUGCCCGAGUGGGUCGAUGCCUGCGAGGCUGAAGGCACCAUCGUCAGCGUCCGCGGCUAUUAUCUGAAUGCGGAUCCCAAGGCCCGUCAGUUGGGCCCGAUCCAUGGCUCUACACAGCAUCAGCGCACGACCUCGACCGCUACAUCACUCCUGACUGCCGCAACAGGCCAGCCACACACUAGUCAGAACCCCAACCCGAACCCUGAACCACCCCAGAACCCGAGCCCGAACCCGGAUCAGUCGCUGUCCCCCUCACCAUCGAAUUUGGCUCCCUCGGGGUCCCUGCAGGCCUCACAGCAGCAGCUUGAGGAUCCACCGCUUACCCCGUUCCCCGGUGCUGACAUGACGGGCCAGCCAACGGCAGAAGAGAGGGAGCUCUCGUCUGACGAGGGCCGUCUGUCCCCGCCACCGCCUGUACCUCCCAAGGACAAUGCCCAAGAGGAGGAGGAUAAGGAGGACGAGCCAUCCGUUCAGGACAAUCACGACACAGCAGAGAAAGUGACCUCGGCAGAAGCCAAUGCCAAUGGAAGCGAUCAGGAACACACCAAUACAGCACACUAUCAACCUGAUCACACGGAGGAUGACCAGGGUGAACCAUCAGAAGACGAUGAGAGUAAAGAGCGCCACUCCAAGGACGGCGAGGGCGACUUUAAUGAAGUUCCACUGUAGUCUUGCGCCGCCGCCACGCAUUUUAUGGUCUUUGUGUCUGUCUGCUGUUUUCUCUCUACUAUUUCCUUUUCCCAUUUUACCCUUCACUGCGACGAGAUUCAGAUGGACUUUUAUAGCGUAUAAGAAUGUAUAGUCAAUAGAGAAGAAGCGAAAUCAAUC